CCCAAAGUUUGUUACCUUGUCGGACUGUAAGAAUCAGCCCAGUUGUUUGUUUCUUUAGCUCUUUCAAUGUCAAACAAAGGUGAAUAUCUUGUAAAAAGUUGAAGUCACAGAGGCAGCAAGCCCUAGCUGAGUUACUUACUAAAGCUGUCUUAAACCAGUUGACAGUAUCCCGGAUGAAGGCUCACAGAGAAGUGUGGAUUGUGAUGCUGUCAGGACUCCCAGGUGUUGCCUGUUUUGUUUGGCAUUAAUAAUUUCACACCAACAUUUAACCUGCAACAGAAGCAACUGGUUUUUGAGCUAAUUUGCUCAAGAAGGAUCCUCUCCAAAACAGAUCACCAUGAAUCGCUACCUGCCUGUGGCACGACAGCACUUCCUGGCUGCCCUUGCCAGCACCAGUGUGGUGGUAAAGUCAAUAAGUGCUGUGGUGGUUCUCCUGUACCUGCUGGCAUGGGCUGUUGACACUCCAUACGCUCUCGGGGUGACCCCGGGGUACCUAUUUCCUCCAAACUUCUGGGUGUGGACACUGGUGACUCAUGGGGUGGUGGAGCAACAUGUAUGGGGCGUGGCAGCUAAUGUUGGGACAGUUAUGGCCUGUGGACGCCUGUUGGAGCCUUUGUGGGGUGCUCUGGAACUCCUGAUCUUUUUCGCAGUGGUUAAUGUAUCUGCAGGACUCCUGGCAGGUCUCUCCUACCUCCUCACCUAUGUGGCCACCUUUGACCUGGAUUUCCUCUUUGCUGUGCGUGUCCACGGGGCAGCCGGAUUCCUGGGAGGCGUCUUGGUGGCUCUGAAGCAGACCAUGGGGGAUACUACAGUGCUCAGAGUGCCACAGGUAAGACUCAAAGCAGCACCAGCUUUGGUCCUCCUCCUCCUGGCCUUACUGCGUCUCUCUGGACUGCUUGAGAACUCAGCACCCCUUGCCGCGUACAGCUAUGGCACCUUGUCUGGCUGGGUUUACCUGCGUUUCUACCAGAGGCACAGCCGGGGCCGUGGGGACAUGUCGGACCACUUUGCCUUUGCAAGUUUCUUCCCCGAAGCUCUGCAGCCUGCCGUGGGGCUGCUGGCGGGGCUGGUCCAUGCGGUGCUGGUGAAGUUGAAGGUGUGCAGGAAGAUGGUGAAGAGAUACGACGUGGGAGCGCCCUCCUCCAUCACAAUCAGCCUGCCAGGGACGGACCCACAGGAUGCAGAGAGGAGGAGACAACUGGCCCUUAAGGCUCUGAAUGAGCGUCUAAAGCGUGUGGAGGACCAGUCCGCCUGGCCCAGCAUGGACGACGAGGAAGACGAGGACGAGGACGAGGUCAGAACUGACACGCAGCCGCUCCUCCCAAGUGGGCCUUCCUCCUCCGUGACGAGACCAGCGGGGGGACCUAUCGGCAUCUCCCUCUCCUCCACCUCCUCAUCCUCAAUGUCACAGAGCGGCGGUGCGCAGCCCACAGGCGGCACGCAACACCCAGAGUCGAGCAUCAUUAGCUUCGAGGAUGCACCUUCUAGAUCGUAACCAAUAGAACGCACGUGUACAGAUCGGCACACUCUGUCCGGUGUCACUGGCAGGUCUACUAGUGCAUCCAGCGUCCCUGACUAGUGUAAGACUAUAUUCAGUGACGGCGAUUAGGCAUACACUCGAUAUCGCGCACACACAAACACACACAUCUUUGAGCAGUUCAUACACACGAGUGCGCUCACAAACACUCUGUCAAUGUCAUUGUGAAGCCCAAACAGGUGGUAACUGUACAGUGCUUUCAGUUCAGACAUGUUGGUUGUAAAUGCUCAGUGUAGUCGGGCAAACCUGACACUUAAUUCUUCUCUUCCUUCUCGCAUACGACCGAAAGUCAACCAGAAAUUCUGUCUUAUCCGAACUCGAUCCCAACUUGCUGAGCUCUGUCCACUGCUUCGUGUGUCUCUUUCUCUUGCUUUCUAAAUAAAUAACAAAAAAUAGGUGUACAAUUUUUUUAUCUUAUUUUUUGUAAAUCUUUUAUUUUUUUCGGAGCAGAUGUCAGAGACUCGCUCCGAAAAUUCUUGAUUCCCGAUGAAAAAGGCUGACUCUACACGCACCGGUUCGAUAAGCGCCAAGAAAUAUGUGCGCACGUGAGAUUAGCUUUUGGGGUCACAUAUUGUGCAUCUGUAACCUGGUGUGUAACAGAGGAAGAAUGAGAGCUUGCACUCAGCGCCGACUGCUGGAGCGAAGGAAAGAAGCUGCUGCAGGUCAGUCCUGCUGAUGAACUGUAAUACAAGACUUCAAGAUUUGAAGCAGUACCAGAUUUAGGGGGAAAAAAAGGAUAUUCUGGACCAGGUUCAUUUGCCACCUGUUGUCUCUCUUGGGACAACAGGCAGAAAAAUCAACUUUGUACCCUUU